CCGCGCCCUCUCGCUCGGGCGGCCGGGCCCGGCCAGGGACGGGCGCUGCCGCAGGGCCUGGGAGUGGCGAGAGGGCCCCUGGCGCAAUCCGGGGAGCUCCCGGGCGUCCUGCCCGCCUGCCGACUGCAGGACCGCAGCGCGAGCCGGGCGGCGAGGCGCGUCGCCCCCUCCUCGGUUGGCGCUCGAGCUCUGUGCCCAGGCGGGCAACUUCCGGACUCCCAGCUUGGGAGGAGCCGGGUCAGCAAUGCCAGCUGCGCUCACACCGACCACACGGCCGGUGUGGAAACAACGGUCGGCCCAGGGUUCCCUCCCCUGCCUUAGCGUGCAGCUGCUCAAACUCGUCCAGUCCCUCAAGCAGAAAUGGUGUGGGAUCUGGGCCAGAACCCUCUUGCAGUGACUCAAAGCCGCCAGCCGUACUGGAAGGACAGGGUGGAUGGCCCUUAGCCUCCUCUCCUUUCUGAACUGAUUCACACCACCCCAGUGGCUUCAGUCCCGAGUGCUGUCGUCUUUUCCCUGUGACUCCCUUGCGCUUUGCUUCUUAUACUCCCUCUGGUUUUCCUGCCUCCCUCUUCAGCGGUGGCAUGCAAAGCUGGACCAAGGCCUCCAGGGAAGAGCUCCACUGUCACGGAACACAGCACAGGGCCAGGCCCGGCCCAUGGACCUUUCUCCGGACAACCCGAUGGCACGAGUGGGGCUGCUCUCCUAAGCCACAGAGGGCCUGGGCAUACGGUCCUCUGGGAGGAGCCAUGGGGCUUAGGAGGGGCGGGGGCAGCUCCCCAUGGCCUGGACGGGGUGAGGGCAGGGCUUGCCCAGGCCCCCUAGGCUUGCUCAGAGUUUCCUUGCUACUCGUCAGCCUACCACUGGGAGCCCACGGAAUAGCCAGCAUCAACCUCGGCACAGCUCUGGGCCAUACCGUGCCACUGACGGGGAGCCAAUACUUGAGCAUUGGGGACGGCUCUGUGAUGGAGUUUGAGUUCCCAGAGGAGAGCGAGGGCAUCAUUGUGAUCUCAAGCCGGUACCCAGGCCAGGGCAACAGGACAGGACCUGGUCCCACGCUGAGGGUCACCUCCUUGGACACAGAGGUGCUGACCAUCAGAAACGUGAGUGCCAUAACCUGGGGCGGCGGGGGCGGCUUUGUGGUCAGCAUCCGCUCGGGCCUGCCCGGCCUGGCCCCACUCCACAUCCAGCUUAUGGAUCCCCACAAGGCCCCACCCAUGCUCAUUGAGGAACGGAGAGAUUUCUGCAUCAAGGUCUCGCCUGCUGAAGACACGCCCACCAGUCUCGGCGCCGAGCUGGUCCACUUCUCAGAGAGCCCCAUACUCUACUUGCUUCUGCCUCUUCUCUUUGUCAACAAGUGUUCAUUUGGGUGCAAAGUAGAACUUGAGGUUCUGAAGGGGCUCCUGCAGAGCCCCCAGCCCAUGCUGCUGGGCCUCCUGGGCCAGUUCCUGGUCAUGCCCUUAUAUGCUUUCCUGAUGGCCAAGGUCUUCAUGCUGCCCAAGGCCCUGGCUCUUGGCCUCAUCAUCACCUGCUCGUCGCCCGGCGGCGGGGGGAGCUACCUCUUCAGCCUCCUCCUCGGAGGGGAUGUUACUCUGGCCAUCUCCAUGACCUUCAUCUCCACAGUGGCUGCCACUGGUUUCCUGCCAUUGUCCUCAGCUCUCUACAGCCGCCUGCUCAGCAUCCAUGAAACACUGCACGUGCCCAUCUCCAAGAUCCUGGGGACCCUGCUCUUCAUCGCCGUUCCCAUAGCAGCAGGUGUCGUGAUCAGGUCCAAGCUCCCCAAGUUCUCCCAGUUGCUGCUGCAGGUCAUCAAGCCUUUCAGCUUUGUGCUCCUCCUAGGUGGCCUCUUCCUGGCCUACCGCAUGGGGGUCUUCAUCCUGGCAGGCGUCAGGCUGCCCAUCGUGCUGGUGGGCCUCACAGUGCCCCUGGUUGGCCUCCUGGUGGGCUACUGCCUGGCCACAUGCCUGAAGCUGCCAGUGGCCCAGCGGCGGACGGUCAGCAUCGAGGUAGGGGUACAGAACAGCCUGCUGGCCUUGGCCAUGCUGCAGCUGUCCCUCCGUCGCCUUCAAGCAGACUACGCCUCCCAGGCCCCCUUCAUCGUAGCACUGAGUGGCACCUCGGAAAUGCUGGCCUUGGUCAUCGGCCACUUCAUCUACAGUAGCCUGUGCCCAGUCCCCUGAGGCCCCUGGGUCACGCUUUCACCACCCUUCGCCCCUACCCUCCGCCCACUGUCUCCACAGUUCUUGUGUACCAAAGGCCUUCAGCUCUCAUGCACUAUGCACUCAGAAAAAAAAAAAUCCAGGCUUAUUUUUUUUACUGGUUUUUUAUUCUCCAGCUUUCAGUGCCAAAGAGGCCAUGCUGAGUUAGGUAGGUGGGCACUGCUCAGAAAAUAUAUUUCAAUAAAAGAGAGAAGCAAG